GAUCCUGGGAAAUUACGUGUUAGAAGAUUGUCGGACAUUAAAGAGUUAUUUCCUGACACUCCCGUCAAGAUGUUGAAAGAUGUUUGUGAGGCACUGCAGCUGUUCGACCUUGUUGAAUUGUUGGACAAAGAAACAAAACCUAAAACACUUCGACCUGCUCUUCCACUGAGAGAAAUAGAAAAGUUGCCGAGUGCCAAUAACCGUGCUACAAAGAUUUACACGAAAGCGAAAGUGUUGAUUAUCAGAUGCUCUGGAAAAGAAGGCGAAGACUAUGGUUCUGAAAAAUUUGGACACUUUUUUAAAUUAUUGAACAUUAAGAACCAUGUAACUGAGUUGACAGCAAAUUCUUCCUGGAAUUUGUGUAAGCAACUGAAUGGCUUGAAAUAUAGAGUAUUUGCGACCAAUGACAUUACCCUCAGCGCACAAGACAGGGAACAAACGUUAAAAAUGUGUCUGCAAAAGAAACUUCCGUUCAGUUUGCAUGGCGGGCGAGCAAUGUGGGCAUUGAACGAGCUUUCUGGAGAAACAUUUAGUCAACCAGAGUUACAGGAAUUGUCGAGUAUGUUCUACGAAGAGGAGGCAGUAAUGAAAAAACAACUAAGGGAGGCGACAAAGGAAAUUGACCUGUCGAGAGAAGAAAUGAUUUCGAUAACUGAGGAGAUAAAAGAGAGGAAGGAAGAACUGAAGAAAGAGACUGAGAAGUUUAAAAUAACUGUUUUAACCCAAAUGGACAACUGGAUAGAACAGUCACAUGACAAAGGUAUCUAGGUUCAUGUUAAUAUAGUCAGUGACAAAAAAUCCUUGUUAUUUUGUCUCUGAAUUUUUGUUUUUGGCGGUCCCUGAGAGUAAAUGCAAUGAAUAGCAAUAAACAGUACUGAACCCCGAUUACUCGAACUCCCCGCUAACUCGAACUAAGUCGAAUUUCCGUUGGAUUUCACCCCACUUUUCGGUCAUUUUUAUUCGAUUAUCUCGAACUCGGAUAACUCUAGUUACCCUCUAACUUGAACCACAUUUCAUUUCCCUUUAUUAAAAAUUCACUGAAAUUUACCCCGAAAGCUCGAAUUCUGGUUCUUGUAACUCCACUCGGGUGCAUUCCAUUACCUCCGCUUGUUGUACAUAUGAUCGGCAAAAAACUAACACUGGUCAACACUACAUCAAUUUGCUUUUAAUUGGUGCAACGAACAGAUCACGCUUUAUCAUAAAAAAUACCUAUCGGCUGUCUUUUUUCGUUGAUUUAAGGCCUUUACGAGUUCUGACAAAUUUCAAGAGAAAAAUAUUUGUGAUGGGCUAUUUAUUACGAUUUGCGUGUAUUUAAAGAACUACAACGAAAUUACGAAAGGGGACACGAAAAAAUCAGGCCUGAAAAGAUGCGCGGUUCGAGGUUUACUGGUACCCACCGUGCACGAGGUCGUUAAUUGAACUAAUUUGUCUCCGAAAUUUCGAUAUUUUGUUCCCUUUCUGGCUUCUAAUAAUGAUCUCGCCAGAGGAUGUACAUUGCCACCAAAGAGAUAAUGCUCAAUAAUUCUUUUAUUGAAAUAGGUGUCAAACUUAAAUUCCACUUUCAUGGAAGGAUUCAGAGAACUCCAAAAGGGGUGGUCGGGACACUUGCCAGCUAAAUAUAGAGAAUUCUUUAACUAUACUUAGAAAGUAUGAAAAAAAAGAGAGGGUGUGGGAGCAGUCCCCUCGGUCCUACCUCUGAAUCCGCCCAUGGUUUUUUUUUUUUUAAUCGAUAAGGCUUAAUGUCUAUAAUUACUAAUGUCUAGUAUUACUUGAUGUUGUUUUAAUUUCAUCGAAGGUUUUCAGAAGCUAACUUUUGUCUCCAGGGCAGUGAACUCGUAAUAGUGAAAGCAAUCUUAAAGUUGUAGUUUUUGAGAGGUUUGUCUGUGUAUUGCUUUCCAGGUAAAGAAUCGACCCUCUUUGUCGUACUUUUUGUGAACAGAUAUGAGUAUGGUUGCGAUAAUGAAGACUUUCAGGAAUGUAUAUCAACGAUAGAAGGGUGUGUGAAGGAGAAGUUGCCUCUCAUUCCACACACGAAGCUACUGAUAAUCGAUGCCUCGUCAACGAUGAUGAAAAAAGAAGAAAUUGCCCCCGAAACUCUUCAGGUGUACUUGCGAAGACAGAAUGUUCUAGGCACGUUCCUGGAGCAUCUGAACAAGCGCUACAAGUCAUUGGACCUUAUUGCAGUAAUGAUGGAAUUGAAAAGGACUGUUCAGUUAACACCUGACAACCACCUUUAUUCUUCUGAUGACUCUGACUCUGACGAUGGUUACUGGCAAUUUCUACGUAAAGAGCGGGGGAGCGUUGAAAUUCACGAAAACCUGUCUUGUCUUCCAAGACUUCAAAAAAUGGAACAAAUUUUGGAGAAAAGUGAUCCUUAA